AGGCAUGGGGCCACAUGGAGGGUAACGCUGGAGAGGAGGAAGAGGAGUGUCCCGUGAGAGACACCAGUGCCCAGACCAGCUUUAACAUACAAACACACACCCAGCUGGCAUACACACACCCACACACACACAAAGAUCCAGUGCCUGUACAGGCAUACUUACAACACACACAUCCAGGUGUGGCUCCCAACCACACACACUCCUACACACGCAUGGCGCUGGCAGGGGGCUGUAAGGGCUGUAGUCCAGAGGAAACGGCUCGUCAGGUGAUGACUGUUCAGUACCUCCUUGGAGAGUUGAAGGCUCUGCUCGCUGGCCAAGACGGUGUAGCAGAGCGUCUGGUGGGUGAGCUGGAGCAGACAGUGUCUCUACUUCCUGUCAUGGUGGGCAGCUCUAACAUCCAGGCUGAGAUUGCUCUGGUCCUGCAACCUCUACGCAGUGAGAACGCACUGCUACGCAGGCGUCUGAGGAUAGUGAACCAACAGUUGCAGGAGAGAGAGAGAGCAGAGAAGGAGGCCAGAUAUGUCCACUGUGACAAUGACGUGUCGGCUCUGCAGUCGGAGCUCAAUGACGCUCACACAAGUCUGCAAGAGCUGCAGCGCGACAACACUGAGCUACGGCAAGCCCUGGUGGACACACACAGCCAGCUGCAGCAGAGUGAAGCGGAGUGCAGUCGCAUCAGGAAAGAUGUGCAGUCUGCUCUGGCUGAUGUGCAGGGCUGUAACAGCAGGCUGGAGGAGUGUCAGAAGGAGAACACUGCACUGGCCCUCAACAUCCAGAAGAGGGAGCAAGAGAUCCACACACUACAGGAGCACCUCAGAGCUCUACAGGUCCCUGUCGCUGAGUCUCCCACUGUGACUGACAUCCCUACGUCCCGCCUCCCUCUCACUAAACGAGCUCUGGACCAAUACCAGGACCAGCAGGGUCCGUCAGACCACCCAGUCAGCCAAUACCUGUGGUCGCUGGAGCAGAAGGGGUGUGGUUCUGUCUCCCUGCCCUGUAAAGGCCCUGAAUGCAACUAUACACACCAGCAGGACUUCAGUGUGUUUGCGCCAGGUGGUCCGAGUGUGUGUGCGUCUGCAAAUCAGGACAUGAGUGUGUGUGUGGCUCUGGAAAGAAAAGCCACCCCGCCUUUGGCCUUCGCCCCCCUGAGAGAGAAUGAGAGGUCACCACUUCCUGUUGAGGGGUCACCGCUUCCUGUGAGGAUGUCACAGAGAGGGGGGUCACCGCUUACUGUGGUGUCACAGAGAGGAGGAGGAGCUUAUGCUCAGGGUCAGAGGUCACCGCAGGGUCUUCAGAGCCUCAGUGUUGCCCUCGAGAGUUUCCCUCAAUUAAAAAGCCUAUUUUCUAAUCUCCACCAAUCGAACGGACUCUGCUCUAAUGGCGCAGGACCCUCUGACCUGUCCCAGAGUCACCGGCGCCGUCUGGACAUGGAUAUGGCAUCACCGGGUAAGGGGCAGAACUCUUCACUUGACUCCACCGGCCUCUCCUUAUGUGAGGUCAGAUCCUUGGCUUCUGAUUGGAGCGCAGGGUCAAGCUCGACCUUUGACACGCGUGACGAGCAGGAGUUCCGGAAUGGGCUGGCCGCUCUGGACGCCAGCAUUGCCAGCUUGCAGAAAACUAUAAAGCAGGACCUCAAGAGAUGAGACAGACAGAGACACAUGCAAUCACACACACAGCGAGGUAGUCUGAAUCUACUCCAAUGUAAUAAAAUAACCAAUGUAUUUUUCUAGGUUAGUGUUUUUUUUUUUUUUUUUACUUUAUUUGAAUAAAAUGGCAAAUAAAAUAUGUAUUCUUUAUUCGUUAAUAUUUAUUAUUUACUUUAUAGACUGGUUAGCUGAGAACUUCACGAAAACGAAGCACAAGCUUCAAUGGGGGAGAAGGCCAUGUGUUGGUCCUCUGUAGCUCAAUUGGUAGAGCAUGGCGAUUGUAACGCCAGGGUAGUGGGUUUGAUC